UAGAGUUAAAAUGUAAGGGAAGUCUCAUACCAGUUGAAGUUAGCGCUCAUAUUUAACUUAUUUCUCACUCAAAGGAAAGGAUGUUAUAUGUUUGAAGUGACAGAGUAAUUAGAAAAUGGAACUUUAAAAAAGGGGAAAUGUUGCAUCUUAUAGGUAUCAAGAUUUUAUUCUAGAAGGGGUCUUUUUCAAGUCUUGCAGGAUAUUUAUAGGCUGCUCUGGUUGAUAAUAAUUAAAUUUCUUUUGCAUUAUAUAGGUAGUGAAAUCUUGUGAGUGGUCUCAGAAAGUAGGAUAAGCUGAGUGUGCUAAUAAGUCUGUCCUUGUAGAAGUGACCAACGUUUAAUUCAAAGGGAAAAUACGGAUUUCACUGAAUAUACGUUUGCUUUAGAAUCUGAGGUAUCUGCUAGAAGAUGAGUCUGCCCAUUUGGAUGAGAUGCCUCUGAUGAUGUCUGAAGAAGGUUUUGAAAAUGAUGAAAGUGAUUACCACACAUUACCACGAGCUAGGAUAACUCGCAGACAAAGAGGAGUAGAGUGGUUUGUUUGUGGUGGAUGGAAAUUCCUCUGUACCAGAUGCUGUGAUUGGCUGAUAAAUAUUUGUCAGAGAAAGAAAGAACUGAAAGCUCGCACAGUCUGGCUUGGAUGUCCUGAAAAGUGUGAAGAGAAACAUCCCAGAAAUUCUAUAAAAAAUCAAAAAUACAAUGUGUUUACCUUUAUACCUGGGGUUUUAUAUGAACAAUUCAAGUUUUUCUUGAAUCUCUAUUUUCUGGUGGUAUCCUGCUCACAGUUUGUACCAGCGUUGAAAAUAGGCUAUCUCUACACCUACUGGGCUCCUCUGGGAUUUGUCUUGGCUGUUACCAUCAUGCGGGAAGCAAUUGAUGAAUUUCGGCGUUUCCGACGAGACAAGGAAGUAAAUUCACAACUAUAUAGCAAGCUUACAGUAAGAGGUAAAGUGCAAGUUAAGAGUUCAGACAUACAAGUUGGAGACCUCAUCAUAGUGGAAAAGAAUCAAAGAAUUCCAUCGGAUAUGAUAUUUCUUAGGACUUCAGAAAAAGCAGGUUCAUGUUUUAUUCGAACUGAUCAACUGGAUGGCGAGACAGACUGGAAGCUGAAGGUUGCAGUGAGCUACACACAAAGGCUGCCGGCCUUGGGGGACCUUUUUUCUAUCAAUGCUUAUGUUUAUGCUCAGAAGCCACAACUGGAUAUUCAUAGUUUCGAAGGUACAUUUACCAGGGAAGACACUGACCCGCCCAUCCAUGAGAGUCUUGGCAUCGAGAACACCCUAUGGGCAAGCACGGUUGUUGCAUCAGGUACUGUAAUAGGUGUUGUCAUUUAUACUGGAAAAGAGACUCGAAGUGUAAUGAACACAUCAAAUCCAAAAAAUAAGGUUGGUCUGUUGGACCUUGAACUCAAUCAACUGACUAAAGCACUCUUUUUGGCUUUAGUUGCUCUUUCAGUUGUUAUGGUAACCAUACAAGGAUUUGUAGGCCCGUGGUACCGCAAUCUUUUUCGGUUCCUCCUUCUGUUUUCCUACAUUAUCCCCAUAAGUUUACGUGUAAACUUGGACAUGGGCAAAGCCGCCUAUGGGUGGAUGAUUAUGAAAGAUGAAUGUAUUCCUGGGACAGUCGUCCGGACAAGCACCAUCCCCGAGGAGCUGGGGCGUUUGGGGUAUCUGUUAACUGACAAGACAGGAACUCUCACCCAGAAUGAAAUGAUAUUUAAGCGUCUCCAUCUGGGUACUGUAUCUUAUGGAACUGACACAAUGGAUGAAAUUCAAAACCAUGUCAUAAAUUCUUAUUCACAGAUGCAUUCUCAAGCCAGUGGAAACAAUACCAGCUCAGUUCCACCAAGAAAAACCCAGACUUCAGCCCCCAAAGUUAGGAAGAGCGUGAGCAGUCGGAUCCACGAGGCGGUGAAGGCCGUCGCCCUGUGUCACAACGUGACCCCCGUGUACGAGGGCCGAGCCGGCGUGACCGGGGACAGCGACCGCGCAGAAGCCGACCAGGACUUCGGUGACGAGAGCCGCACCUACCAGGCCUCCAGCCCCGACGAGGUCGCCCUGGUGCAGUGGACGCAGAGCGCCGGGCUGACCCUGGUGAGCAGGGACCUGGCGUCCAUGCAGCUGAAGACCCCCGGCGGGCAGGUGCUGACCUACUGCGUGCUGCAGCUGUUUCCCUUCACGUCGGAGGGCAAGCGGAUGGGCAUCAUCGUGAAGGACGAGGCCUCUGCCGAGAUCACCUUCUACAUGAAGGGCGCCGACACCGUCAUGUCCACCAUCGUGCAGUACAACGACUGGCUGGAGGAGGAGUGCGGCAACAUGGCCCGCGAAGGGCUGCGCACCCUCGUCGUGGCCAAGAAGUCUCUGACGGAGGAGCAGUACCAGGACUUCGAGAGCCGAUACAGCCAGGCCAAGUUGAGUCUGCAUGACCGAGCACUCAAGGUGGCGGCAGUGGUGGAGAGCCUGGAGCGGGAGAUGGAGCUGCUGUGCCUCACCGGCGUGGAGGACCAGCUGCAGGCCGACGUGCGGCCCACUCUGGAGAUGCUGAGAAACGCGGGCAUCAAGAUAUGGAUGCUAACAGGCGAUAAACUGGAGACAGCUACGUGCAUCGCCAAAAGUUCACAUUUGGUGUCCAGGACACAAGACAUUCAUAUUUUCCAGCCCGUAACAAGUCGGGGCGAGGCCCACCUGGAGCUCAAUGCCUUUAGAAGGAAGCACGAUUGUGCGCUGGUCAUUUCGGGGGACUCUCUGGAGGUUUGUCUGAAAUACUACGAGCAUGAGUUUGUGGAGCUGGCUCGCCAGUGCCCUGCAGUCGUGUGCUGCCGCUGCUCCCCCACCCAGAAGGCCCACAUCGCCCGCCUGCUGCAGCGGCACUCGGGGAGGCGCACCUGUGCCGUGGGAGAUGGAGGAAAUGAUGUCAGCAUGAUCCAAGCAGCCAACUGCGGGAUCGGGAUUGAAGGAAAGGAGGGAAAGCAAGCCUCCCUGGCCGCAGAUUUUUCCAUCACGCAGUUUAAACACAUUGGCCGGCUGCUGGUGGUGCACGGCCGGAACAGCUACAAGAGGUCAGCCGCGCUGGGUCAGUUCGUCCUGCACAGGGGCCUCAUCAUCUCCGCCAUGCAGGCUGUCUUUUCUUCAGUCUUCUAUUUUGCAUCUGUUCCUUUGUACCAGGGAUUCCUAAUGGUAGGGUACGCAACUAUAUACACGAUGUUUCCCGUGUUCUCCCUGGUGUUGGAUCAGGACGUGAAGCCGGAGAUGGCCAUGCUGUACCCGGAGCUCUACAAGGACCUCACGAAGGGUCGAGCCCUGUCGUUUAAGACAUUCCUCAUCUGGGUUCUAAUCAGCAUUUACCAAGGCGGCGUCCUCAUGUACGGGGCGCUGGUGCUGUUCGAGUCGGAGUUCGUGCACGUCGUGCUCAUCUCGUUCACCGCCCUCAUCCUGACGGAGCUGCUGACGGUGGCCCUGGCGGUGCGCACCUGGCACUGGCUGAUGGUGCUGGCCGAGUUCCUCAGCCUCGGCUGCUACGUGGCCUCGCUCGCGUUUCUGAACCAGUAUUUUGGUAUAGGCAGAGUGUCUUUUGGAGCUUUCUUAGAUGUCGCCUUUAUCACGACUCUGACCUUCCUGUGGAAAGUGUCGGCCAUCACCGUGGUGAGCUGUCUCCCGCUGUACGUCCUCAAGUACCUGAAGCGAAAGCUCUCUCCUCCCAGCUACUCCAAGCUCAGCUCCUGAGGGCACCUGCUGGGGCCUGGCCGCGGGGCUCCGAGUGCGGACGGUGGGGUGCUGCUGGGGGAGCCCGGGGCCCCCCCGAGGGCAGUUACGCCGCUCUCUUUUCUUUCCUCUUUAGUUGUUUCCACAGUUUAA